UGGCGGCGGUGGCUGCCCGCGCCCCUCCCCCGCGAGGCGCUCAGUGCCAGGCGGGAGGCGGCAGCGGUUGGAGGCUUCGCCGGGCUUUGCAGCGGGGACUUCGGCGGCGGCGGCGGCGGCGGCGGCGCCUCAGGCACUUCGGCCCUGACACAAUGAGGCGAGUGGUACGGCAGAGCAAGUUUCGGCAUGUAUUUGGACAAGCGGUGAAAAAUGACCAGUGUUACGAUGACAUCCGGGUUUCUCGAGUGACCUGGGAUAGUUCCUUUUGCGCUGUCAAUCCCCGAUUUGUUGCCAUAAUCAUAGAAGCGAGUGGGGGCGGGGCGUUCCUUGUGCUCCCUCUGCACAAGACUGGUCGAAUUGACAAAUCCUACCCUACAGUAUGUGGCCACACGGGACCGGUGCUCGACAUAGACUGGUGCCCACACAACGAUCAGGUCAUUGCCAGCGGUUCAGAGGACUGCACGGUUAUGGUGUGGCAGAUCCCAGAAAAUGGACUCACCCUUUCCCUGACCGAACCUGUGGUGAUUUUAGAGGGCCACUCGAAGAGAGUUGGCAUCGUGGCCUGGCAUCCGACUGCCCGCAACGUCCUUCUUAGCGCAGGCUGUGACAAUGCCAUCAUCAUCUGGAAUGUGGGGACGGGGGAAGCCCUCAUAAACCUGGACGAUAUGCACUCGGACAUGAUUUACAAUGUAAGCUGGAACCGGAACGGCAGUCUGAUCUGCACAGCUUCCAAAGACAAGAAAGUGAGAGUGAUCGAUCCUAGGAAGCAAGAGAUUGUUGCUGAGAAGGAGAAAGCACACGAAGGAGCAAGACCCAUGAGAGCCAUCUUUCUGGCUGACGGGAAUGUCUUCACCACUGGUUUCAGCCGCAUGAGUGAGCGGCAGCUGGCUCUCUGGAAUCCGAAAAAUAUGCAGGAACCAAUCGCUCUUCAUGAAAUGGACACUAGCAAUGGGGUGUUGCUGCCCUUCUAUGACCCUGACACCAGUAUCAUUUACUUAUGUGGAAAGGGUGACAGCAGUAUCCGCUAUUUUGAGAUCACAGAUGAAUCCCCGUAUGUCCACUACCUCAACACAUUCAGCAGCAAGGAGCCUCAGAGAGGGAUGGGCUACAUGCCCAAGAGGGGACUUGACGUUAACAAAUGUGAGAUCGCCAGAUUCUUCAAACUUCAUGAGAGAAAGUGUGAGCCUAUUAUCAUGACUGUUCCAAGGAAAUCGGACCUUUUCCAGGAUGACCUGUAUCCUGACACAGCAGGGCCCGAAGCGGCGCUGGAGGCAGAGGAGUGGUUUGAGGGGAAGAAUGCAGAUCCAGUCCUCAUCUCCUUAAAGCAUGGAUACAUUCCUGGCAAAAACCGGGAUCUCAAAGUGGUCAAGAAGAACAUUCUGGAUAGCAAGCCCACUGCAAAUAAGAAGUGUGACCUGAUCAACAUCCCCAAGAAAACCCCGGACACAGCCAGUGUGCAAAAUGAAGCCAAGCUGGAUGAGAUUUUAAAAGAGAUCAAAUCUAUAAAAGAUACAAUCUGCAAUCAAGACGAGCGCAUUUCCAAGUUAGAACAGCAGAUGGCGAAGAUCGCCGCCUGAAGGUCCACCCCCCACCCCCAAAAUGGGAGCAGGAACUCUUCGUGGUAGCCGGUUGUGGGCGUGGUCCCAGGGAGGGCGGAAGGGAGGCACUGCCAUUUGGGGACCUUCCGUGUCAGCGGCAUUCCAGUCAGAACUCAAUUCGUCUCCCAAAUUUGCAGAAACAAAAUGUGAUUUAAAAGCUGAGCUUUUUAUCAGAAAGCUUUUUUGAUGUUUUAAGUGUUACGUGACUUGUCGAACUUUUAAAAGACAAAAGUGCUACUUUUAAAAUCCCAGAUAUUCUGAAUUUUAGAAAACCGACCAAUUCUGAUUCAGUGUUGUGCCCAAGUACCUUUUUUCUUUUUUUUUUUAUAAACAGGGACCAAUGCCACAUUGCUUUUUAUAUUUCCUUUUUUUUUUUUUAACGUUGCCAAAACCAAAAGUAGCUCCCCGCCCGCCACCCUUGUAUUUUGCUACUUUGCAGUAUUUGUGUGUGGUUUUUUUUUUUUUCCUCCUUAAUUUGAAAGGGACAGCACUGUGUAUGUUUAUAAACUAAAUGAAGAUAAGAUAUUAUUUUGUAUACACGUUCAUCCGAGAACAAUCAGAGCAGUAGCCUCAUGGUGCUGGCUCGUUUGCAGCACAAAACCCGGUCAUCCUCAUGACUGUACAGAAGGAAGACUUGAAAAAUCACGUGGGUUCACGUCACCACCCCUCUCCUUUCACGGAGUCUUCUGAUCAAAAAAGCUCCUAUUGUAUCGUCUCUUUUCUUUCCUUUCUCUUUUCUAGAAACUGGGUGGUUGUACCAGAAUGGAAUUUCAGUUCUUGGUUAUCCUGUGCUUCAGAUGAUUAUAAUCUAACCUAAA